ACCUUCUCGGUCUCUAACCUACAUUCGCUCGCCAGAAGGAAACACGAAGGCGACGGCGAUGGCCUCGCCGAAGCUCGCCGCCGGCGACGGCAACUACGACUUCCACCUCCGGUCGCUUUCCGCCGCAUCCAGGGACUCCGCUGCGGCCGCCGAUCCAGCCUCCGAUCCCAACCUCCUCCAGUCCGUGAGGAUGGUGUUCGAGAUAUGCAAGGAGGCCAAGGGAGCGAACGACGAGAUGGUGGCGCGGGCGUUUCCGGUGAUGAGCAAGCUCUUCCAGCGCUGCGCUGCCGCGCCCACGCUGUCCACAGCCUCCACCGGCGUGCUCCUCCUAACUAUUCUGCAGUUCUUCCUGGAUUUUGGGGAGGCGGUGUUGCACGAUGCUGAUGGCAGCCUGAAAACUUUCUUCCGCUCUUGCUUAAGUAGGGAGUUCGCAGAUCCUGUUGUCGCAGAGCGGACGCUUGAAUUCCUGAUAGUGAACAAGAUGAAGAUCCUGAGCUGUUUUCCCACCUUGGUUCCGCAGUUCUUCCCAUUGCUGCUGAAGUUAAUUGCAUCAAAUGGCGAGAGACUGGAUAAGAAGUUUUCAGAAGUGCUUCCAUUGAUGAUGUCGGCAGGAUCUUUUCUUCCCCUCUUCCUGUCCCUUAUGGAUCUGCCAAUGUUAGUGGUAGCAUUGGAAAAGGUGGAAAGAAGUUCCGGAACUCUCAUCGGUAGUAGUUUAGCUACUAUACAGAAGAGUGCUGCUCCUGAGAUGCUCCUUGCACUAAUGGAUGAGGCAUAUACUGGCUCUGCAAUAGAAGACCAAAGUGGCAAUUCAGGUUCUGAUGAUAGUGGUCCUCUAGACCUUGCUGACCCAAUGUUCCUUGACCUUCUAAAAGAUGAGAAUGAUGGCAUUGCUGCAAAACAUUGGACAUCCCCUACGAUAUCUUCCACCUUACAAGCGGCACUUAACAGCCCACAAUCAGACAGAUUAAAACAGUCACUGAAAAUGGCACCUCGCUUUCUUUCUGUGUAUUUUGCGACAGCAUUGCGGGACGUCAACAACUCACUCUUGUGUGCUCUGAUUCCAGUAGUCAUGUCAAGAUAUGCUGCAAUGUUCCCUGACAAGGAUUUCUCUUUCAAGGUGAGGAAAAGGCUUUCGGAUUUCUUAUUGUCUGCAUUCCAGCGCUCUCCUGACAUCAUUGCACUACUAAAGAAGCCUAUUACUGAUAGACUUGGGGAGGCCCAUGGUAAUCCUGCAAAGGCAAAGUUAGCAUUGCAUUUGUGUUGGGCCAUUGGUGAGCAUGGAGCAGGAGGGAUAAACCACAAAGAUGUAGCGCGUGAAAUAUUUGAAAAUCUGGAGUUGCUCUUAUAUGAAAACUUGGCAACUAGUCGUCUGGGAUUAAGCCAGGAGCCAGGAUUUGAUUCUAUGGGUCCAACUUCUCGAAAGUCAUCCCAAGCUAGGCUCCUCUGCUUUGUGGUGACUGCCAUUGCGAAGCUAGCAACAUGCCAUAACGAGUUGCUUCCAAGAGCACGCGUAUCAUUGGCUAAGGUUGCUCGGUCCAGAACCUUAGACAGGAGAGUCUGGCAACGUGCCUGUGACUAUUUAGGGCUCAUGAAUGAACCAGCCAUUUGUUUAUCUGUACUGGGUCCAUCCACUGCCCAAGAAAAUGGUCCUGGUAUUGUCAACUGGAGCGAAGGAGGGACGAAGAUGGUAGCUCACAUUCCAUUUUAUCUUUUAGCCGAACAAAAAGGUCCACCGUCUCAUGAUUUUUCAUAUGUGGACCUCCUGCCUGCAGAAUGAAAACACCUUCAUGAGUAGUAUGGAAUCGUGCAAUGAUUAUCUCGCAGAUGCCAUGUGCAGACAGAUCAUAUUGGUGAUCAUAGCCAAGUGCAGAUGACGUUUCUUUUAUCCAGUUAAUUUUGCAAUCUGGAAGCGCUUGCCCAGAUGAUUGAUGAGUUCCUGUAAUGUUGUAGUUUCUGGUAUCUGGAUUGUAUCCACCGUUGCAAUUCCCAGAGUAUGUACUGUAGAUGGUAUCCAGAAACACUCUGAGAUUGUACAUGGAAAUGAUUUGUCACGGUGUAUAACCUGGAAGUGGAAGGGAAGCAGUGUUGUAAACUAAGAUAUCUGAUGCUGUACAUCUUCUUGUGAUUGAGGAUAAGGAAUGCCCGGUUUCAACGUUUCCACAAA